AAGAUGGCCGAGAGUACGGGACGAAAGUGAGGGAGGAAACAAAAACACAGGCGAGAUCUCCUUGCCGCAGAUGCCUGACCUGUAGAGCAGCAUAAGACACGUUAGUGCAAAGACAGCAGCUCAGUACUCGCUUUGUUCAGGGCUGGGAUCUACAGGUGACAUUUGCGGGUAUGCAGACGAAUUGUGCUCCGAGCGGACGGAACGUUUGUCAGGUUGUCUGCGUCGGCUAGCUAGCUAGCGCGCUAACCAUGUUAGCAAGCUGACAAAACCGUUAGCGAGAGAAUACGCGUACAGAAAGUGACAGUUUGGUAAUUUUACAAAUAAAUACUAUCACCUACUGCUUUGCUUGAGAGAGUAAAAAUUUGUCGCAGCAGCAAAACUUCCCUGAGUGGGGAAAGCGGAUUUAACGCACCAGUUAACGGUCGGCUAGCUGGUUAGCAAACUAACAUUGCGGAUUUCUUGUUGGCAGCUUCACAGUUAGCAUUAGCCAACGUCUGUUAGCUUGCUCAGCUGUUUUGGAUGACUUGGUGUUGUUCCGACACAGGAACAAGAGUGGAAGGACAUUUUUCCGUCUACUUAGAAGUACCUGAGACGGUUCUUAGCAGGCCUGGGGAAUUUCUACCAGUGAAGGCACCAAAGACGGGACUGUAAACAUAAGGCUAGAGGAGAGCCCAGCGUCGUCGGACGAGGCGCAAAUCCAGUCAGCAUCACCAUGGCCCAUUCUCCUGUUCAGGGUAACCUGCCGGGAAUGCAGAACGCCAAAGCUGACCCAGAGGAGCUGUUCACCAAGCUGGAGCGCAUUGGCAAGGGCUCGUUUGGCGAGGUGUUCAAAGGCAUCGACAAUCGCACGCAGAAAGUUGUGGCCAUCAAGAUUAUCGACCUGGAGGAGGCAGAGGAUGAAAUCGAAGACAUUCAGCAGGAGAUCACAGUGCUGAGCCAGUGCGACAGCCCCUUCGUCACCAAAUACUACGGCUCGUACCUGAAGGACACAAAGUUAUGGAUCAUUAUGGAGUAUUUAGGCGGAGGAUCAGCAUUAGAUUUGAUGGAACCCGGAGCUUUGGACGAGACCCAGAUCGCCACGAUCCUGAGGGAGAUACUGAAGGGCCUGGAGUACCUGCACUCUGAGAAAAAGAUCCACAGGGAUAUCAAAGCUGCCAACGUGCUGCUGUCCGAGCAGGGAGAGGUGAAGCUGGCGGAUUUUGGCGUGGCAGGACAGCUAACAGACACUCAGAUCAAACGCAACACCUUUGUUGGGACGCCGUUCUGGAUGGCGCCAGAGGUUAUCAAGCAGUCGGCCUAUGAUUCGAAGGCUGACAUCUGGUCUCUGGGCAUCACGGCCAUCGAGCUGGCGAAAGGCGAGCCGCCACACUCUGACCUCCACCCCAUGAAGGUGUUAUUCCUCAUCCCAAAGAACAACCCGCCCACGCUGGAGGGCAACUACAGCAAACCGCUCAAGGAGUUUGUGGAGGCCUGCCUCAACAAGGAGCCCAGUUUUAGGCCGACUGCCAAAGAGCUGCUGAAGCAUAAGCUGAUCGUCCGGCACGCGAAAAAGACCUCCUACCUGACCGAGCUGGUGGACAAGUACAAAAGGUGGAAGGCGGAGCAGUCUAGAACCACAGAGUCCAGUUCUGAUGAGUCUGACUCAGAGCAGGACGGCCAGGCGUCAGGCGGGAACGACUUCGGCAGCGACGACUGGAUCUUCACCAUCCGAGAGAAGGACCCUAAGAAGCUGCAGAACGGGGAGGGGCAGUCAGGGGCAACAGAUCAGACAAAAGACAUUCCAAAGAGGCCUUAUUCACAGAGCCUGGCCACAGUCAUCUCUCCUGCACUAGCCGAGCUGAAGGCAAGACAGGAACAGGUGAACGGGAACCCCAUGGUCCUGGACGAGCUGAGGGAGGCCAUCCUGCUGGCUGAGGAGGCGUACCCCGGCAUCUCCGACUCGCUGGUGGCUCACAUGGUGCACAGGCUCCAGAGUUUCUCAACAAGCCGGACAUCCUCCUCCUCCCCUUAGAAAGUGGCUCUCUGCCCCAGCCCUGCUCUCCCAGGCCCCCACCUCCCCCCCACAACACCACAUCCAGCUCAGAGGUCGAGUCAUUCAACACCAGCUGACCACGUCUGACCUCCUGUGUGGGUGGGGGAGCUUAGCUAGCCUGUAAAAAAUAACUGAACUCCAUAACGGAGGAUAAAACAGAGACUUCUGGAGAGCUCCCUUUAGCCAGAAGUUUGGCGAGACAAGACUCAAAAGAAGUCAAAAGCGACGCAAGGCUUCUCAGAGGCGCCGCUACAUGGAAUUUGCUCGAUGAGAAGCCGAAAAUCUCCCCCUGAUUUCUUCAGUCCCCCCUCUCUUAAUGCAGGCGUCAUAUCCCCAGAACCUCUGACAGCAUGCUUGAUGAACCUGCAGGGAUACAAGUGUGCAAGCUGCGUGUGUGCGUGCUUAAUAAAGGCACCUUUUUGUGAGCGUGUUUGCGUGCGUGCUCUCGCGUAUGUAAGACUCCCUGUUAAGGCAAAUUGCAGCAUUCUUAAUGAAACCUCAGGUAAAGUGCUUUAAGUGGACUUCGAGGCAUUGGAAAGAGGGGAAGGAGGGGGGGUUCGCCAUGCUGUACAUGAUCUCAAGUUGCGGGAAAUGAAUCACUGUGUACAAAAUGGUCCUGCGCAUUUUGUAGAUAUUGAUAAUGUUUUAAAAAAAAGUAGAUAUUUAAAGAUUUCAGAAGUUACUCCAACAGACGGAAACAGAAAAUGCCUUGCCUUUUUGAGAUACACACAUCUACGUUCUGGCAUUUCAUUGGAAGUUAGUUUUCUUUUACUCGUCCGUGAGUGAGAUUCAGUAUCCAUCAGUGUUUUCUUUAAAGUGACUGAGGUUCAAUCUUCCAUUUCAAUCAUCAAACUAACUUUGAUACUAAGCGUACUUUGUUUAGAGGCAGUCUUUGUUUUUGUAGGCAGGGGGAGAGCUCCUACCUGUGCUUAUGUUUAGACAAUUUAAGUCAAUUUUGGAAUUGUUUAGGAUAAGAAUAAAGGUAGGAUUUUGUCAGGAUGGCUCUUAAACUGAACAGUAUUGAGUCUGAUGGUUACAAAGGCUGAUAUACGGCAGAUAUCAUGAAAAGUAUUAUUUUCCUUGGCUUUAUUUAUCUUUGAAGUGAAGUCGAGGCAAUCACAUUAUGUUUAUUAUUUUUUAUUUUAAGGUCAAACGAUCAGGUCAAAGCUAAGCUGCAGAAAUCGACGCCAUCUUUUCUCCCAAACAUUUCUGUUCUCACUCCCACACCGACGCUAGAAGUGCCAUGUCCUCUUUUACGCUUUCACCACAACGUUUGUAGUAUAAUUUGCACCUUUUUAUUUUUGUUUUCAGAUCAGUUUUUUUGCACUUUGAAAGUGUCGAGUAUUUAAAGAGACCCGCAAGAAAAGAAAAAAGUUGCUAAUAGCCAUGUUUUACUAUAUAUGUUUACUUAAGAGUUCCAGAAUUUACUACUGUGCUAAUGCAGCAAUAAUGUUGAGGAGUUGCAUCAAGACGCACUUGUCAACACAGGGAUUGAAAGAAAUUAAGAAAUAUCAGAUAUUUUUAUAACUGCAAAGAGUUAAGUAUGGAAUUAUGGAAUGCUUUAUGGAUAUGGGCACCUGCCUCUGGCAAAAAAAUAUCUAUACCUUACAGAAAAAAAACAUAUGCUACGGAAAUAACUACAAAAUGUGUACAUUUGGUCUCCUUUAUCAUAGCUGACAGUUUAUAGUACUGUAUAUAAUCUUUGCUUGUGUCAUUUGAGAAUUCCCAAGUUAAAUGUAAGCUCCUUGUAAGCUUUCAAAGUGACAUGAGAAAUAAAGAUCUAAUGCUAA